AAAGAAGAAAGAAAAAGAAAAAACAACAACAGCAAAAGUAACAAUUGCAACAAGAACAACAAAAAAACUUCAGGAAGUGUUUCUGGUCUAUGCUGUGUACACUCUGCUGUUGGGUUUUGGCUCAUCUUUCCCACUGAUCAUGGUUGGAGAUAUUGGAGCACUUUUUAAGAUUCGUAUUGGUCAUACUAACUCUGGCCCCUCCCCUUCCUGGCAUUGUAAAGAGAUACAAUUGUGGAACAUGAAUUCUCGAAAAAAGUUUUAUAUACCUGUUCAACGAUGGUUGGCAAAAGAUCAAGAGGAUGGAGAAAUCUGUCGAGAAUUUCCUGUUUUAAAUGAAGGACAACCCUUGCUUCCAGUAACACUAUAUGAAGUACAUGUGGCAACAGGUAUGCUUUGGAAUGCUGGAACAAUAGCCAGUGUCUACAUUUCUGUCUAUGGGGAAAAGGGAGAUUCAGGAUCCAGACAACUAUUUCGAUCGAAGAACUCCUUCAAUUUUUUAAGAGGACAAACUGACACCUUCACUCUAGAAGCUGUGCACCUUGGGGAUUUGUAUAAGAUUGUCGUAGGUCAUGAUGGGAUUGGCCCAGGAAAUGGCUGGUUUCUUGAUGAUGUUGUAAUCAAGGAUCCCACAACAAAUCAUGAAUAUAACUUCUUCUGUCACAGAUGGCUGGAUCAAGGGGAAGAUGAUGGUAAGAUUGUAAGAGAACUGUAUGCCAGGGAUAACAGUAUCGUCUUUGCAAAGCAGAAGCUAGAACUUAAUAGAAAAGAAACAUGGGCUGCAGAAAGAUGGAAGUUUAUGAAAGGAAAUACUCUUCAGUUCUACAACAGGGUCACUGGAGGGUUUGUCCGUCUACAUCCAGAUGGCACAGUUGAUGCAGUUGGAGAUAAGACAGACAAAUAUGGGCUCUUUGAUGUUAUUUUCAACAAAGGAAAUAUAUGCAUUUUCCAAAGUCGUGAAAUGAGACAUCUUUCUCUUGCUGUUGACAAUAGCACUGUCAGUGGAAUGGCUAGUGGUGGAGACUGCACUGAACUGCGGGUGCUUUAUCAGCCUAACCGCUGUGCACUUCUUGAGUCAGCACUGGUUCCUGGUCACAUAGUUACUUUUGAUCGUCAUGGCAAAGUAGCUGAUGAAUCAUCAGCAGGCUAUGCAGACCUUUCAAAAGAAUUUGUGGUUUUUGUCAAGGGUGUGUUCCUCAACAGUGCCGAGAUUCUACUUGCUACGAGCCUGUGCCAAGCUCUGUGUCUCCAGCCUGAUGGGAGCUGCACUGGAGUGGGAAGCCAGUCUGAAAAAUCCUACUGGAAAGUGCAUAAAAUCAGCUCUGGUAUUUGCAUGUUCGAAAGUGUGAAAAACGCAGGAAUGUAUCUGAGGAUUAAGGAUGGCCAGUGUGAUGGAACAGGUAUAGGAGAUACUGACUGUCAUUUUAAAAUUAAGAAGAACUUGGAAAAUGCAUCUAUAAGCCUGGAAUCCAUAAAAAGCCCUGGACUGUUUGUUGGACUUCAGCCAGAUGGACAGACAAAACCAAUUAUUUAUACUAAGAAUGGGAAUGUUUUCUUCUAUCCACAAGUCAUCAAAUUUGGCAGAGAAAACCCGAUGGGUAUGUCAGCAACACCCAGCCAACAGGAGGAAAAAAAAUCCAUGAGUCAAAAAACCAGCAAGAAACUCUACUAGAAUCUUCAGUUGCAAAUAGUAACAGAAAAUAGAUGUCUCAUGCUGACAACCUUAUAAUACGAUCACAUCAACCAGAGGGAAGAGAAAUUAGCCUUUUGAUUCUUGCUACAUUGGACCAGGCCCAAUUUUAUAUUUCUGUGGAAGAGUGUGACAAAUCACACUUCAUGAGAAACAUGUGCUUAGUUAAAAUUUUUCAUGGAAGGAAAACUCAGUCCUGUGUCAGGAAGUAAUGGCACCUAAAUCUGGGAUGGCCACCUCAAGUAAAAUUUGACUUGGUUAAAAAUAACAUACUAGCUGAAAUUCCUAGAAAUAGAUACUUUGUUUAUGAGUAGCAAAAUGCUGAAGAUGAAAUAUUCUAUAUAUGCUAUGAAUAUUUGUCUAUUCUAGUAAAAAUAUCUUUAAAAAGUUAACGAUUGUUAAAUGUUUUUAAAUUUAAGGUGUACCAUAUACAGAUUUAUCUAUAUAUUGUGCUAUGCAAUAUGUAUGUAAUAUAUGCACUAUGCACCAGUGCACCUCUAUCACAUCACAUAAUUAUAUUUCUUUUUUGUAAUGGGAAUAAUUGAGAUCUAGUCUCUUAGCAAGUUUGAUGUUUAUAAUACAAUAUUGUCACCUAUAAUCACAAUACUGUAUAUUAGAUCUUUAGGUCUUAUUUACCUACUAGUUGUAAGUUUGUACCUUAAACAUCUCUUCUGUUACCACUGCUAACCCCUUGGUAACCACCAUUUUGCUUUCUGUUUUUAUAAGUUUAGCUUUUAUUAGAUUCCACAUAUAAGUGAUAUCAUAUAGUAUUUGUCUUUGCCUGACUUAUCUCACUUAGCAUAACAUUCUCAAGG